CUUGGAUAUCUGCGCUCGACUUGUACCACUUCAACUCUUCCGAUGGCAGAUACCGAUGUAAUUCGCUCCUCAAUAAUCUCUUCUCUCUUCUCGCCUCACUCAAAGGGUAGUGCUGGACAAACCGGUCAGACGUAUAUCUCUCAUUGUAAGACUUGGGAGGACGUUUCAACUACCGGUGAACGCAAGCCGAGGUAUAUCUUAUUGGCUGUUGGUACCACCGCUCGCGUUUUCCUUCACAAAUCAAAACGCAAUACCAAUGGAUCAUUUUCGAUCGGAAAAACUUGGGACAUCAUCGAUCUUCGAACCGUCGAGUUACUUGAUGAAUCUGCGUUCCGCUUGAUUAUCGGCCAGAGGUCGUAUACAUGGCUUGCCGAGAAUGGUAAUGAGCGUAACAAAUUUGUCGAUGUGCUUAUCAGAUCAUUCAGACAAUACUCCCAGGGUGAAUUGCCUCAGCUGAUUGGGCUUCCAAAUGGUGACUACUCCACAUCAGCCUAUUCGAAUCCUAUACCCUCGUCUCCUGUUACCUCGGCACCGUUAUCCAACUCUAAUGGAUCCCGAGGCCGAUCAGUCAAUCCGCUCACUUCCCCCAACCCGUCUUCAACAAGCCUCCGCCCGUCAACUGCCCCUCAAGGAUCAUAUCGAUCAAACUCACCUUCUUCUACUCCUCGUGGUGCCCCGUCCUAUGGCACCCCAGCCCCUUCGGUCGCCACAAACUUCACCAAUACGAGUAGCCCGGCUCCCAUUUCUACUAGUGAAUCAUCACGUCGAGCACAUGCUCCUCAGCUCUCCUCCGGAUUUGAAUCGCCCAUGCCAAGUCCCAAGCUUUCUGUAACGCAAUCCCGGACCUCGGGCGAAGAAGAGACCCGCAUCGGUGGCUCACCUAACUCGAAGGUCACCCGUCCGAAAAUCUCGAUAGCUGGCCUGACAUUGAACCAUCGCUCCCACUCUCGCACCACACCCCCAGUCCCAGAUAGUCCUGCUUUCAACCGAAUAAUCAGUUCGCCUUUAAGACCUAAUCAGGACCGGUAUGCAACCAAAGAACAACGGCCGUCAACUGCUGAAACGCUGGACCCCGCUCGACAAUCCGUUGGUGAUGGUGAACAAGAUCUUACAUCAUCAGUAGCUGUAUCGAAACCAGCACGGCCGCCACCCGCCAAAAGUGCUUUUCGAUCUCGGGACUCGCUUACAGCCGAAAAAUCUCUUACACCUCCCGGAACGUCUGAGAAAAUAAAGAUUGUGAAACAGCCAGAGGAAACGGAUUUUGAUAUACCUGAUGUACUGUCUAAUGUGGAAGAGAUUCUAGAGGGAUUCCAAUGGCGUGCAAUCUCUUCAAAUGGUCCUGCCGAGUCUGUCAACCAGAUCGAGGAUCAGCUUAUGACAGAAUUGAAAGCCCUAGAACUAGCCGAAAUUCAUGCUAUUAUUGAAAAUGACGAUCGGGUUGGAACGAUUGUUACACAUCUUGACGAGAGCUUGGCUGAGUUGGACAAGAUGGAGGCGUUGUUGAGUCUUUAUCGUACCCAACUAAAUAUGGUUGACGAGGAUAUCGUACACAUCGAAAGUCAAAACCGAGGUUUGCAAGUGCAAAUAUCGAACCAACGAGUUCUGUUAGAAGAGAUUGAAGACAUAAUGCAAACAAUUCGCAUCCCUGAUACUGCACUUGAUGCACUUACACAAGAACCUCUCGAUAGCCAAAAAGGAAUCGACCAGCUUGAGAAGGCCGCAACCAGUCUUUACAAGGCGAUUUUGUCUGUCAAAGACAUGAACAACAUCACGGCUGUGGCUGCCGCUUCGGAUGAUAAGGUAGAGCAAUACAAAAGAAAUGCACAGCAGUUCUGCAAGCGUGUUUAUGAAUUCCUCAUCGUGAUGUUCAAAUAUCAAGCCGGAUUGAUCUUAAAUGAUAAAAACAAUAUCAAGUCAAGAAAUGAGUUGAAGUUGCCCUCACAUUCAUCCAUGGAGAAAUAUCUAGAGCGGUAUUGCGGCUUGACACUAUUCACCAAGGAGAUUGAUGCGGUCAGAUACCAACAACUAUGCGCAUCUUAUUUUACUACUGCCAGUGAGCUGCACAAAACAGAAAUACUGGAAAUAAUGUCUAUGUUUCGUAACAAAGUUCGGAAACCCAACGAAGAGGAACUAGAAGCUACUUUCGCAGCCCAGCUUUCUCCAACGACGGCUAAAAUGAUGGUCCCUCGAAAUCCGCUCUCAAAGUUUGAAAAGCGAGAUAAAAAAGAAGCCAACAGCUCAACAGAUGUUUUGACGGCUGGCGAAGCGUUACGACAGUUUUUGACCCAGCUCAUCCCACACGUUCAGCGAGAGCAAAAUUUUGUCAUCGAUUUCUUGCAUGUUCAUUCCGGAUUGGAAGAUGGGGAUGGUCUGAUCACUUACGCUGGCUAUUCUGGAUUGGAAGGCUAUUUCAAGCGCGCGGCAGUCAACCUUCAGCAGACGGCGAUGCUCAAUAGUAAACUCAAUGAUAUCUUAAGCGUAAUGGACCUGAUCUUUGGAUUCCUACCCGGCGAGAUGAAGGAGUGGGUUGAAGCAAUGGUUGCCGCGGAUCCCAUGCAGAUUAUCAGUGUGAUGAUGGCGCUAGAUUUGGUUAUUGGAUCAGAUAUCCUAGUGCGGAGUGAAUUUCUCAACAAGAUUUUGGAAGCUCAGCAAAAAAGGUCCUUGAAUAUUUUCGAACUCAACAUCAAAGAACAAUUGAAAGCAAUUGAGACGACCAGGCUGACUGUCAAGAAAAGGAAGGGGGUCGUAUCCUUCAUAUCUACGUUUCCCGAUUUUGUCUUGAGAGUGGAACGUCAGAUGGAAUUCGGAGAAACGGCUGAUUGUCCGACACGGAAGCUAGUCAACCAACUCUAUGAACAGAUCAGUCAGUCUAUGUUUGAGGCUCUGCAAACAAUGGCCAAGAGCGAGGGGGAUCCUGUAGCAAAUUCUGGGGGCGGUAGUCAAGAAGACCGCGACAAAGAUCGACUGAACUACCAUACACUUAUCAUAGAAAAUAUGCAUCACUUCGUGACGACUGUGUCCAAGAUUAACGCACCAGCCUUAAAAGCUUCUUUGGAGAAAGCCAAGGAGCAGUAUGAUCAUAACUUGGCUUUAUACAUCCGGCUGGUACUUCGACGACCACUGGCUCGAUUUAUUGAUUAUUUCCAGGGGAUCGAUGAACUGUUACGAACAACCGAACCUACUCAAAUUCCGCAACACAGUCAAUACACAAGAGCGUCAUUAAAACGAGUGAUCUCGACCCAAGAUAAGAAGGACAUAAAAAAAUCGAUCGAAACACUAAGUAAACGAGUCGACAAACACUUCUCAGAUGUAGCUAAUCCAUCUGCUGAGAAUUCGGUGGUCAUGGAGACCGUCUGGAGCGCCUGUGAGAAGGAAUUGAUCAGAUUGAUUGGCGAUUGGCAAGCCCUCUUGGAGAAAUGUUAUGCUAACCCCCAGACUGAAAGCGGGACUUCUGGUAGCAAUGAUAAAGGUGGAAUCCCCAAGUUUGAGUUCGGAAUCGAUGAUGUCAAACUCGCUUUUCAAAAAUACCGACCCGGAAGUUGAUUGUUGAUCGUCAUUCGACUCACUUCGAACCGGCAUGAAUAGUAAUAAUGAUCCAAAUCAACAAGCAGUUUCCUCUCAGCCUGUUUCCCUCUCCUUACGUAUCUUCCGAUAGCACCCCCCCCCCUCCCAAAUUUUUCCCACAUGAUCUUUGGUUUCAAGGAGAAAAAGUGUAAUUCUUAUCAUGUCUCUUUUAGCCAUUUUUUUGUUUGAGAGAGUAAUUUGAGUGAAAUGGAAGUAGAUAUGUAAAUCAAAAUCUAUCAGCAAAGCUAUGGCUUUCUCUAGUUGGAGUAACA